GACAGCUGCCUGUGAAUAACCUGUGAUAGUCCACGAGUGUCCAUGACCAAAACAAUGGCAGAGAUCGAGUGGCCCUGGCAGUACAGCUUCCCCCCAUUCUUUACGCUUCAGCCUCACGCGGAUACGAGAGCUAAGCAGAUAGCGGCCUGGAAAAGUUUGGUGCUCGAGUACUACCGCAUCACGAAGCAGGCAGUUGUGGAUGUGCGCGAGGUGCACACGAAUCCUCUGUUUAAUAACGCCAGCAUUAAUAGAAGAUUGCCGUCCGAAGGUGUGCUGAUGAUACUGGAAGAAUUAGGAAAAUCGGGCAAUGCGUCUCCGCUAGAUAAGACCAAACAGAGAUGGUUGGUUUAUUGGCAUACUUUAGAAGAAUGGGGCGAUAUAAUAUAUAAUUAUGCGCAGGAGAAUGGCUUCAUUGGCUCUGUGUGCACGUUUUUUGAACUGACGCAGGGGGAAGACACGACUGAGCAAGAAUUCCACGGUCUGGAUACGGAAGUGUUGAUCAGAUCACUGAGAACGCUGGAAGCUGCCAGAAAGGCAGAGAUCAUCUCGUUCGAUGAUAAUCAAGGCGUUAAAUUUUUCUAACGCGUAGGAAGUAAUUGUCACUCGUCGAGAAUUUCGCGAGUACAGUUACGUGUAAAUUUAUAUUUAAUUGCGUACUCGUUAAAAUUUAAUAUAUGCGUUUAGAUGUACAUUUUUAUGAAAUAAAAGUCUGUUCCUCUCUACACUGACGUACAGCGACAGUAAUCCCAAAAAUCUUGGGGGGUUUUUUUUUUAUUUAUAUUAGAGUCGAUUAUAUCAGUCGAGCGUAAUGGAUUU